AAAUCUAAAUUGGACCGUUGGAAACCUUCCACUUUUAAAGGCUAUUAUUCUCUUUCUGUGUUAGGCAACUUUGUAAAAAUCGCAACCCAUCAUCACAUUCCCUCCUCAAAAUUGUUCAACAAUUUGUAUAAUCCUUCUAUCUCUUUGAUUCUCAUCUGGGUUCGUUUUUUUACUUUUCUUUGGGCAUAUUGAUCUUUGAUUAGAGUAAUAAUCCUUAUAUUUAUAUAUAAACACUUCAGUUUGCAAUGGAGAACUUGCAAGAAACACCCAAAAAAGAGCCAAUGCAAUCUGAAGCCAACAUAUUGGAAUGCAAAACACCACCUCAGGAUCAAAAGAUGGACUCAAAAUCUUUAAAUUCAAGUGGCGAUUUGCGCAAAAGUAGCACCCCAGAUCGUCUCAAAGUCCCUAAGGCAUUCAAGUACCCUGAAAGGUACAGAAGCCCAACGGACCUUAUGGUGUCACCAAUUACUAAAGGCCUUCUUGCAAGAAACAGAAAGGGUGCUGCACUCUUGCCUCCUAGUAUGAAUCAGGCCAAGGUUCCAGAUAUUGCUCAGGAUGUAGUCUCUUUCAAGAUUGAGAUAUAGAUGCUGAUUGAUAAAUUAGCUUAAUCAAAAUGGAUUCAUUUAUCCUUCUUUCUGGAUAAAUCAGAUGGAUUCCUGAUUUUUUUUUUUCUGGUUUUAUAUUAAAAAUGAAAAUUUCUCAUGGGAUGUCUUGAUUGAAUGUUCAUAUAAUGAAAUCUCUUUUCUUACCAUAA